GUUGGCGUUGUGCGCGAUCGAGCGGCUGCCGCCUCCACCUUUCCUGGCUCCGGCCUCUGUCUGCCCCCCGCCUCGCUCGCCGCCACCACGCCCACGCUCCUUCGGGAGGUUCCUCCAACUGGCGACUGGUGAGUUCCCGCCGCCGCAGCUGCCGAGAAAAGUGGAGGGCGAGGGGAUCGACGGAGUAGGAAGGAGUCCGGACCAAGGGAGCCGCGGCGCAAGUCUCGCUGUCGACGUACGUGGUUCCGCUACGCCGUACAACCCCCCAACCCGCUGCUCUCUGCCCGCGGCGGCGCAUCGGGUGGGCUCCGGCGGUGCCCAGGCCGUCCAACGACCGAGCGUCCUAGCCCUCUCGUCCGACGAGCUCAGUGGGCGCCCGAUCGACCCCCUUCGACCAAGUGAGCGACCAAAGUCUUAAAAGCCAAUUCUUUCCAAGAAAAAGAAGAGCUGACAGAUGCGGUAUGGAAGAACUUUUUCAAAGGCAAGCUUGCCUUCAUGCAUUGAAGCAAACAGGAUAAAGCUAUGGCCCUCCUCACAGCCGCAGCUGGAGGAACCCUCCUUAUCAUAAAGCUCGACAAUUUAACUCCCAGACAUGAUGAGGAGCGAAGUAAUAGAAGCUGGAAGGCUAGUGAACCUGUGGAAUGAAUGGGGGAUACAAAUCCUGGUCCUUGUAAGCUUCUCGUUGCAAGUAUUCCUCCUUGUCUUUGGAGGGAUCCGCAGACGUAGCUCCUCCAGCAUUCUGAUGUUCUUCCUCUGGUCGGCAUAUCUGUUGGCCGACUCCACGGCGAUAUACACCCUGGGCCAUCUAUCAGUGGACAGCAGGUCAGAUGAGCACGAGCUGGUAGCAUUCUGGGCACCGUUCCUCCUGCUGCACCUCGGUGGCCCGGACAACAUCACAGCAUAUGCGCUCGAAGAUAACACGCUCUGGCUGCGCCACCUACAAACUCUUGCUGUGCAGGUCCUAGGAGCCGCUUAUGUAAUAUACGAGUACAUCGUCCGCAGCGGGACCUUGCUUCUGAUGGCAUCUAUCUCCAUGUUUGUUGCUGGUCUUCUCAAAUAUGGUGAGAGGAUAUGGGCGCUCAAGUGUGGCAACAUUAGCAGCAUCCGCAAUAGCAUCAGCGCCCGAAAGUUCAAGACUAACCCUUAUCAGCUAUUAACUUUGGGUACCAGUGAAGAGGAAUUACUGCUUGGAGCCCACUCCCAAUUCGAUAUCUGCAAAGGUGUCUUCGCUGAUAUCAUAAUGGCACCCAGUCACUUGGCCCGUUCACAAUCUAAUUCUUCUAAACAAAGUUCUGUAAUAUCUUAUUUGGGAGAGGAUCUAUACAAAUUGGUCGAGAUGGAGCUGACUCUGAUGUAUGACUUCCUCUACACCAAGGCGGCGGUAAUCCACACAUGGUAUGGCUUCUGCAUCCAUUUCAUUUCGCUGCUUGGCACAGCCACCACGUUUAUGUUGUUUCAGCUCAGUAUAAACAGUAGAGGAAAUGGGUACAGCAGAGUGGAUGUGAUUAUCAGUUAUGUUUUAUUGGUUGGGGCUUUGGUCCUGGAAAUCAUAUCCGUGUGCAGGGCUCUACUAUCCACCUGGACAUGUUCUUUAUUGCACCGCAGGGGCAGGGGAUGGGAGUGGCCUCUCCAUGUUAUCACUUCCCUUGGUCAGCGUGUCCACCCGGCAAGUAGGAGACUCUGGUCAGGCUCCAUUGGUCAGUACAAUUUGUUCCACUUGUGCACCCGCAACACGAAUGAAAUAGGGAGCAGACUAGCAAUGAAAUUAGGGCUCCAGGACUGGUGGAACAAGAUGCACUUCUCGGGCACUUUCUCACACAGUGAAAUUUUGUCAAUACGAGAUAUCAAGAAAUUGGUUUUGCAAGCAUUGCAAGACAAGGAACGAGCACUGCAAUACAAAAGUACUGAUUCGAACUCACGGGGCAGCUUUAUACUUAAAAGUAUGGAAGCCUAUGACGACUUUGCUCGCUGGAGUGUCAACAUCGACUUUGACGAGAGCAUCCUUGUUUGGCACAUUGCAACCGAGGUGUACAUCCGGAAAUCCAAGGCCAAACAUGCAAAAGAGCUCAUUGAGGCUACCGAGAUACUGUCCGAUUACAUGAUGUUCCUGUUGGUGGUAAAACCCAACAUGCUGCCUGGCGCUGCACGGCACAACAUACAUCUCACCUCCUGUGAACAACUAGAAGGACAAUGCCGUGCGUUCUUUGGUGAUAAGGACAACCCAGUGGCGCCAUCUCCCAUAAGCUGGAACCCGUACUGUAUGUUUAAAGAAUUGUUCCACCGUGAUGGCCCUAAUUGCUCCAGGAUCCCACGGAGGGAGAAGCUUGCAGAGAUGGCGUGGAGUUUCUCCCAAUUUGCACUGGUAUGGGCUGAGUGUGGGGCCUCAAGUUCAUUCAUAUUUUGUUUGAAAUCUAUUUCUCCAUUCUUGGAAAAAAUGACCCAAGCUCUGCCUCACUGUUUGCAAUUUCAAUUUGCAGGGAUCAGUAAGGGCACCAAAUCCACAUGGGGAUUCCAUCCGCGACAGUGCUAAUAUGUACGCAAUCUUGCUCGCCAACGAGCUUCUGAGCAUAGAGUUGCGCUGGCAAGGGCAGCGUGAUCCUUUGGAACUGAUCUUGGGGGUGUGGGUGGAGAUGCUGUUGUAUGCCGCGAACCAUUGCAGCCAAGAGUCCCAUGCCAGGCAGCUCAGCAACGGGUGUGAGUUCAUUACCAUCGUGUCGUUACUAGCACACCACUUCAAGUAUUACUCAGGAGUCUCCAGAGGCACCGAAGACGGUGGUGGAAAUAGCCCCACAGGCGGUUUAGAUAAAUUUGCAUCAUUUACACCUGAAACGGCCCCUCGUUCUUCAGGGAAAACUGAGAAUUGACUACUUCAGUGAAACCAUCAUAGUUAUCUGUAAAUAAAUAUAUUGAGUACUGGAAUUCAUUCAUAUAACAGUACCACAUGCUGCAAGAUCAACUUCCUCCCUGCAUUCAAGUGUCUAUUACAAGGAUCGUGGUUGGCAUUCAUUCAUAACCGCAAAGGGCGCAGGCUGGUGGAGCAAUGCAAGUGUACGUGGUGCAGCAUGUCAGGAUCAUGAGCGGCCAUGGAUCGAUCCUCCUUUUUGUGGGCGUUGGUGGCCGGCAUAGUGGUGAGGCAAGCCGCUAAUGUGAAAUCGGCAAUUCUUAUAUAUUUUUUUACAUAGCUGUUGUGUAACCAUAAGAAAUUACACAGUAUCCGAAUACUGUUUCCUGCUCAUGCUGUUGUCUUUCUGACAUGUAUGCGAUCACUGUUCAUUCCGUUGCUGUGAGAACUGAGAACAAGGAAAGUUGCUAUCUUUUUUCCAGCAUUA